AGGAAAGUUCAAACAGCUAACCCAACCUACUUAUUACGCCGGCACCAGGGGCGCUUUCCACUCAACCAAAAGUUCCGAAAGUUUCGACGGGGAUCAGUGGAACGGAAAUUUUCUGGGAAAGUUGUCAGAAAAUCCGGAAAUUGUUGGAAAUCAGUAAAGCGAACUAUUCAAUCGGGAGGAAGUCAAUUGGAACCGAAAUUCCCGGAAAGAAAUUUCCGAAAAUCUCGGUACAUUCCUCGCAACGUUGUCUUCUUUUACGAAAACUGUUCGAAUGGAAAGCGGCCCAGGAUUUGAACCCAGACCACAUAACCGGGAGGCGAGAUUUCUAACCAAUGACUGAUCACUACUGAACCAAUCUAAAAAAUAUAGAAAGAAAGAGAACCAUUAUAAAUAAGCAUAAAAUACAUGGCCACCUUAAGGGAUUGAUAAUAUUUUGUUUUCAUUAUCUUUACGCAGUGAAAAUUCACAUCAAGAAGCCGAUAAUAAAGGAUACUUAUUUACAGGAUUCAUUCACUCCAACACCAAGAGAGCAGCGACAAUACGAGCGUAGAAAGCUGGUUGAGAAGUUCUGUGAAAAAACCGGCCAGAAUGAGAUGCCAGAUCCAUUUCACAUAGCUGUGAUCCCCUCUCUCAAAAUACUAUACUGUGUGAUGCCUAAGGCGGCUUCUAGGCAAUGGAGGAGAAUGCUGUAUCGCUUUAACAAUGGUGGAGGUAGGGAGCUGCGAUUGCGUGAUUUUCCUCCCGAUCAGCACAAGCAGAUGUGGGAAACAUAUUUCAAGUUCACGUUUGUUCGUGAGCCGUUCGAACGUAUUCUAUCAGCGUACAAAGACAAGUUUGUUUAUCCCAGACCAUUUGACCGCCCAGUUCUUAAAUUUCACGGCACAGCAAUUCUGAAGAACUGCCGUCCAAAUGCUUCCCAAAGCGCGCUUGAAAAGCUGGAUGACAUCACUUUUCGUGAGUUCAUAGAGUAUUUAGUAACCAAAGGAAGCAACAAGAGCACGCCUGUUAUGGACUGGCACUGGGACAAUUACGUCAACAUAUGUGGAAUGUGUGCCAUCAACUAUGACUUUGUAGGUCAUUACGAAACUUUUGAUCAAGACUUAGCAGACUUCAAAGAGGCAGCAGAGUUAUCGCCUGAAGUAGCUAAGAGAUUCAAUGCUCGUGCUAACAAUAAAUCCGAUACCGCCUCCUCUUUACUCAGUUAUUACUCGCAGCUUCCCAUAGAAUGGGUCGACAUCCUGGGUCGGUUGUUCAGAGCCAACUUUGAGAUGUUUAAUUACGACUUUCCGGGACCUCUUAAGAGUCUGUUUGAGUAAAAGAAAAGAACACAGUGAGGAUGUGAUCAUUUUGGCUUCUGUUUUUUUUUUUUUUUUUUUUUUCUGCUCUGCUAAGGUGGAAUGAAUUAUAUGGCUGCUGAGCAUUCUGGAUCCUAAAGUGGCGUGAUUAAGGGUGCGUUUUAACUCAUUAGACCUUACUUUAAAACCAGGAGCCAUAAUCGGGGACGGAGACCGUAAGCGCGCGCCAUUUCAAGUAUUGGGGUUGU